CAGCCGGAACCGGUUCCAUGUGGAAGGGAGCUGGUGGGCCUGAGGGGGUCUUACUGGACAUCCAGCAACACUUCGGGGUCAAAGAUCGAGGGGCCGGCCUGCUGCAGUCAGUGUUUAUCUGCAGCUUCAUGGUGGCAGCCCCCAUCUUCGGGUACCUGGGCGACCGCUUCAACAGGAAGGUCAUUCUGAGCUGCGGGAUCUUCUUCUGGUCCGUGGUCACCUUCUCCAGCUCCUUCAUCCCCCAGCAGUAUUUCUGGCUCCUGGUCUUGUCGCGGGGCCUGGUCGGCAUUGGGGAGGCCAGCUAUUCCACCAUCGCCCCCACCAUCAUCGGCGACCUCUUCACCAAGAACUACAGGACCCUCAUGCUCUCCGUCUUCUACUUCGCCAUCCCGCUCGGAAGUGGCCUGGGCUACAUCACUGGAUCGAGCGUCAAGCAAGUGGCGGGCGACUGGCACUGGGCUCUACGGGUGUCACCGGUGCUGGGUAUGAUCACAGGGACCCUCAUCCUGAUCUUUGUCCCGGCUGCCAGGAGGGGCCAGGCUGACCAGCCCGGGGUGCAGCUGAAGGCCCAGACCUCGUGGCUCAGGGACAUGCGGGCCCUAAUCCGGAACCGAAGCUACGUGUUCUCCUCGCUGGCCACGUCUGCCGUGUCGUUUGCCACGGGGGCCCUGGGCAUGUGGAUCCCGCUGUACCUGGACCGGGCCCAGGUGGUGCAGAAGACCAUGGACACCUGCAGCAGCCAACCCUGCAGCACCAGGAACAGCCUCAUCUUCGGGGCCAUCACCUGCUUCACCGGCUUCUUGGGGGUCGUGGCUGGGGCGGGGGCCACCAAGUGGUGCCGGCUGAAGACCCAGCGGGCGGACCCCCUGGUGUGCGCCGUGGGCAUGCUGGGCUCGGCCAUCUUCAUCUGCCUCGUUUUCGUCGCCGCCAAGGGGAGCAUCAUCGGUGCCUACGUGUGUAUUUUCAUCGGCGAGACCCUCCUUUUCUCCAACUGGGCCAUCACAGCUGACAUCCUUAUGUACGUGGUCAUCCCCACCCGCCGUGCCACUGCUGUGGCCCUGCAGAGCUUCACUUCCCACCUGCUGGGCGACGCUGGCAGCCCCUACCUGAUCGGCAUUAUCUCAGACCGGAUCCGCCAGAGCACGAGGGAGUCGGCCCUGUGGGAGUUCCUGAGCCUGGGCUACGCGCUGAUGCUGUGCCCCUUCGUGGUGGUCCUGGGGGGCGUGUUCUUCCUAGCCACAGCACUCUUCUUCCUCAGUGACCGCGCCAGGGCCGAGCAACAUGAGAGCAGUGCAGCUGACCACCGGCCCGGGGCCCCCGACGGCCUCUCUGAAGACGCUUCCACUUGAUGACGCGGAGGCGCUGGGAGUGAAUCAUCUGAUGAUGCCACCCGCCACCGUCAAAGUCUGAGAGGUGUCCGCAGGACCCAGCCGUGGAAGGAGCAGCAGCUCCCACGGGAAGGCAUCAGCCAGAGUCAAGGCCCAGUGGGGAGCCGACCGCAGCAGGGGAGGGUCCUGAGGACCUGGCGCGGACGCGGAGUUGCGUGCGGCUGCAUCCCUGGCCGUCCCGCGUCCCCCGCCCCGGAGGUGGAACAGUCUCACUUCGAUUCUUGAUUGAUUCUGCUGGAUCCUCACUACAGCACCUUGGGGCUGCCUCCCCCUCUCCUCCACCAACACCCUCUCCGUCCAACCGUCCUCCAAGGAAGCAGACCGGAGCCCCCGAAGCCAGCAGCCCUGCAGAUCCUGCCUGGAGGGGCUGAGCAAGGCCGUCGGACAGGUGGCCCCCAGCCAGGGACACAGCUAAAAAGACAGACACACACCCACACCACACCUCCCCCUUACCCCAAAUCACCGAACUCCCACACUACCCUCUUCCAUGGCCUGGGUUUCAAGUCUCAGCCCCUGGGACCGGGGCUUGUGGCCAGAGCUGUGUGGCUGCGGCCAGGGAAGGGACCGGGCCCAGCGCUGCGGCGGGGACCCUUUCUGUCGUCCGCGGGGCCGGCCGCUUCCGCAAUUCUCAGUGAUGUCCCGCUGCUCAAGCUGACUUGUCUCGGUCUCAGACGCAAGAACCGGCCUUUGGGUGGAUUUGCUGUGGGGGCUGUCGGUCCCCGUCUUGAACAGGGCCUCCUGGGUGGAUCGUGGCCUUGCGAGCAGGGGUUCGGCCAGUACGGACCUCGGCCCGGGGAUUGGAUCCCAGGCCCCUGAUGGUGUGAGGCUGUGCCCCCGCCCCCACUGCCAGGGUAGCAAGAUGCUUGGAGUCUCCCCAGAGGUCGGAGUUGACCGAGGUCACCGUCCCCAUCGGCGGGCCGAGGCCCAGCUCUGCUGUGGCGUCUGGGGGCUCAGCGGCGGGCCAGCUGGCGGGGUCCAGAGCACUGGGCUGGCCGUCUGCUAGGUGCGGAGCAUUGGCUGACCUGGGAAUGCAGGAGUCCACAGAACUAGUUCAGCAGCUGGAGGUGUUUACACACAUACCCACCCACACCAGUCCACACUCACCUCCCCAUUACAUAGUGUCACAUGCGCACACCUCUCUCUAUCUUCACCUUCUCCACAUUUCAUAAUCUCUGACCAGGAGUAGGGCAUUUUGCUCUUUCCUCUGGGACUUCACAACUCUCCCAAAGAUUCCCAUUUUCCUCCCCGCCUGAUCCCGAAAUGCUCCCUGCCUCUUCCGUUGUGCAGGCCCUGUUGAAAGAGAGGGGUGUUGGUCGGACGGACGGUCCGUGCUGGGUCACCGGGGGAGUCGGGGGGGUCGGAUGGUCUGCGCCGGGUCAGUUGGGCGUUGUUAGAGAUGGAGAGGGGGGAUUUGGAGUUGGUCCUUGCUGAGUCACUGGGGCAGAAUUUGGGAUCUUAGCUUGCUUCCCUUUCCUCCGUUUUCUCUGAGCCUGUGAGCGGGUGGGGGUCAUCACGGGUGGGUUGGCCGGUUCCAGAUGGCGGGGUCUGGGUGUGUGGAUAAGAUAGGCCCUGGAGCCGGGGCCGCCUGGCUCCCAGUGGCUGGAGGCUGAGGGCGAGGUGCUGCCAUGGUGGAAAGGAGAACUCGGUCCUUGCGAGCGUCUGUCUGAGCAUCAGAGGCCCCUCCGGGCGACCCCGGGGUCUCCCCAUCCUCUGCACCCAGACCCCUGGGCACUCACGGGCACCGGCCGGGGCGGCGCACGGGCCCUGCCUUUCCCGCGUACCGGGCCGGCCCGCGCAGUUGUCGGGGGAGGCUUGUUUUCUUGUUGUGCAAGAACCAGGUAAAAUGGUUUUCUGACUUCUCUCAGGAAGUACACGGUGAUUUUAUUUUUUAGAGCUAUUGAUUGUGAAUCUCAGAGUAUAAGACAGAAAGAAAGAGCCAAAUAUAUUCCUUUAUGUAAGUUAAGAAAUAAAAGUAUUUAAAA